CAAACUCGUGCUUCCGCAUUGAGAGACUCCCACGUGUUUCGUCAGUGGUUUGUUGCUGUUUAACCAGUUAGCUAAAAGCUUAUUACUAGUAUUACACUUAUUACUUAGUCAUCAGUAAGAUGAGUCCUCUGUGUGACUGCUGCGGCGAGCACAUUAAUAAACUGAAUGAGCAGAUUUCGGUGAUGAGAAAGGAAAUCAAGAACUUGAGGCAGAUGUUGGACAGUGCGGUUAGAGGUCAUCGCAAACAUCUGAUAUCCAUUCAGUCUGCUGUGUCAAAGAUGGCGCUCUGUGAACCUGAUAAAGACCAGACUGCACCACCGGCCGCAUCACCACAGGCUGCAUUAGAGCAAGGAAACAUCCAGACAGUCCCAAUUGGUUACAUCACUUCCUGUUUCUCUGUGAAGAAUGGGACACCCAGACAGCCCACCAUUUGUGGCCCCUCAAGGGCCGAACUGCGCAUCCAGCAGAGUGUCUUCAAUAACCCUGAGCAUGCUCUGGUGGGUCUGGAGCAAUACUCCCAUGUCUGGGUCAUCUUUCUCUUUCACAAAAAUGGGCACUUGAGUUACAAAGCCAAAGUGAAGCCUCCGAGGCUCAACGGUCAGAGAGUUGGUAUCUACUCGACACGCAGUCCCCACCGACCAAAUGCCUUGGGCCUAACUCUAGCUAGACUUGAUACAAUAGUAGGUGAUACGAUACAUCUGUCAAACAUUGACAUGAUCACUGGAACCCCAGUCCUGGACAUCAAACCCUACAUCCCAGAGUACGACAACCCCAUCUCCAGGAUGGGCUCAGAUGAGACAGUAGAUAUAUUUAACCCCCCAAAAGACUCUGAUGAUCAGACAGGCCUAAAAAGUGAAAGAAAUGAUGAUGAAGAUGACUUAUGUAGUUUCCGCUCAAGAGACAACUCGGAAGCUGAUAUUUCAGUUGCAGAUCCAUCUCAGUCUGUCAGCGCUCAGUUUUCGCUCCACAAAGACUCCCAGGAGGUGCUGGAGGAGGUCAAGGCCUAUGUCACCCAACAGGACCUUUGCCAGCUGAGUUGUUCAAGAGAGGAUCAAACCAAACCACCAGAUGCGACUGUGGCCCACCCUUGCGACGGAGAGGAGGCCCAUAGUGCCAUCGCUGGCUGGAUCAGAGAGCCUCCUGUUAGCAGUUUGGAGGUGCGCUUCACUCCCCAGGCUGAGAGGGAGUUAGCAGACUUCCUUCCCACACACUCGUCAGGGCCCUCUGAAAGUGACAGACCCAGGUUCAAGUUUCUUCGUAGUCCAGAGGAAGCUGCUGCCGCUAUCAGAGGGGUGCUGUCAGCAGACCCACGGUCAGUCUACAGGAGGACGCGCUGCAGAGACAGACUCUUCUUCUUCACCCUGGACACGGCUGACAUCACCUGCUGGUUUGGACAAGACUUUGCUGAGGUACUGCAGGUCCGACCUGUUGAGCAACACAUUGCUUCAAUGUGAGAACUCCUUUCAUGUUUGUUGAGAAACAAAUAAAGAGCCUGUCAAAUGUG